UGUCCUGGUGUCCCCAAGGUGUCCCCGCCAUGGCGUUUGGGGCGGUGCUGGCACAGGUGGGGGCCCUGGGCCGGUUCCAGGUGCUGCAGACGGCCCUGCUGUCCGUGCCCAUCCUGCUCAUGGCGAGCCACAACCUGCUGCAGAACUUCACGGCCGCCGUCCCCCCGCACCGCUGCCGCCUCCCUGGGGCCACCCCCGACGGCAACUCGGGGGACUCCGGCACCUCGGGGUCACCCGAUGCCACCCCGGGGUCCCCCGGUGCCACCCGUGUGACCCUCGAUGCCACCCCGGGGCUCCCCGAUGCCACCCCGAGGUCCCCCGGUGGCCCCCGUGUCCAGCCCGGUGACGCCUCCAACGGCACCCUGGGGCCCGCGGGUGCCAUGCUGGGGUGGCCCAACGUCACCCUGGGGUCCCUCGAUGCCACCCUGGGGUCCUGCCAGCGCUACGUGGCCCCCGCCAACGGCAGCGGCGGCCCCCGGGCCACGGAGCCCUGUCACGACGGGUGGGAGUACGACCGCAGCGUCUACGUGGCCACCAUCGUCACCGAGUGGGACCUGGUGUGUGGCUACCGGCAGCUGCGGCAGAUGGCCCAGUCCAUCUACAUGGCCGGGGUCCUGGUGGGCGCCCUGGUCCUGGGGGGCCUCUCGGACAGGUUUGGGCGCAAGGCCAUGUUGAUGUGGUCCUACCUGCAGCUGGGGGUGAUGGGGACGUGCACGGCCUUCGCCCCCAACUACGCGUCCUACUGCGUGUUCCGCUUCGCCGGCGGGAUGGCCCUGUCCGGCUUCGGCCUCAGCAUCGCCUGCCUCGUGGUGGAGUGGAUCCCCACGCCCUACCGUGCCAUCACCGUGGCCAUCACCGGCUUCGCCUACACCCUGGGCCAGAUCAUCCUGGCCGGCGUGGCCUACGCCGUCCCCCACUGGCGCUGGCUCCAGCUCGCCGUGUCCCUGCCCUUCUUCGUCUUCCUCCUCUACUCCUGGUGGCUGGCGGAGUCGGCGCGGUGGCUCGUGCUCUCGGGCAGGGCCGAGCGGGCCGUGAAGGUCCUGCGGCGCGUGGCCGCCGUCAACGGCAGGAAGGAGGAGGGCGAGAAGAUCACGGUGGAGGUGAGGUGGCCCCCUCAGGGGUGGGGGUG